AUGAUCGCUGACCUUUUAAAUUUCUACCUACCACAUGCUUAUCAGGUAAGCGAUUGGUGGGAAGAUUAUGUUUAUCUGGCUAACCGGGCCCCGCUAAUGGCGAAUAGCAACUAUUACGGCAUGGAUAUUCUUACUACCCCGUUUCCAAAACCAACACAGGCCGCUAGAGCUGGUCUCAUUACUUACCUUCUAAUGCAAGUUCGUCGCGAGAUCGAUUGUGAGACAGUGAGUUAUUAA